AUGGUUUAGGAUUAAGACAUCCUUGAUAAAUCACCAGUAAGCAGUCACGAAAAAACUGACUUGAGAUCGUUCGGUUCAAUCAAGGAAAGCACCAAUACCUACAGAAACUUUAACAUUGCCUGCAUCUUGAUCAAUCUUUUGACCACUGCUUUUAUGGCUGUGUUUUUGAACUAUCUUGAUGGACUUUUGAUUGCAGUCUAUGUGGUUUAGUUCUUAUUCUGCUUUUCAAAUAUGAUUUUCUACUGCACAAACGAACUAGUUCAGCAAAAUUGGAUAAGACUAAGAAGGUUCUUAAUUUAUAUUCCCUUUGGAAUCUUGAACUUAAUCUACCUGUAUGAUUUCUUCAGAUUCUUCAAAUAGCUUGAGACCUAUAAUGACCAGUUCCAAGGUGGGGCUAAGGAAAGUGAUUAGGAUACUCAAAUGACAGAAGCCUUCGUGACUAUCUGGCUGACCCAUUUCAUCAUUAGUCCAUUCUUCCAGGGACUUUCUUACUGUGUUUACUCAUUUGAAGUGUCGAACUAACUCGAGAGAAAGAAUUUGCAAGCAAAUAUGGAUCCAAAAAUACUUUCACUUUACAGAUUCGAGCACAAGCAAAUCGGCGUCUAGUUCCCUAAGCUUGACUAUCCUAAGAUCAAUAAACUUGUAGGUGGAAUUGUUAAUAUCUUAAAAUCCAUAUAGAUCAAUAUUCAGCCAGUACAGUUAAAAAUAACAUUGGAUGAGGAGUUCGACUUCUAAGAUGAGUAUACUAAAAUCAAGAAACAAAGAUUUGAAAAGGAAGAAGAGCGCAAGUUGAGAAGAUAAAGAUUGUACCAAAGUGAGGAGUCCAUUAGAUAGAAGUAGGAAGAGAUGAAAAAACUUGAAGAAGAAAAGAUCAAUCUGGAAUAUGUGCAAUCGCUACAAGACAAGGAGAGGAAAGAGUUGGAAGAGGAGAGAAAGAGGAAAUUUGAAUCUGAGUCAAGAGAAUAAAAGAUACUUUAAGUUAUUAAUCAAUUCCAUCAAGUUGACUACGACAAGGCAAAACAAAUGCUUAUGCAAGCAAAUUGGAAUCUAGAUGCAGUUAUAGAUACAUUGUCAAGAUAAUUCCAAAUUCAGAAAAUGGAGGAAUAAAAAUUGCACGAGGACACUAUUAGUCUAAUGGAUGCUUACCCUCAGAUUGAAUACGAUUAAGCAUUCCAAACACUCUAAAAACAUUAAGGCAACCUAAUUAAUGCAAAAAAUGAGUUAAAAUAAUAGUAUUCAUUCAGCAUUAACUUCUCAAUGAGAGGCCCUUAGAAGCAAGAAAUCGAAUUGCUUAAAUCAGAAUUCAACAAACAAGAUGAUGCAAUCCUCAUGAUCACCUACCUCCAGAGUGUGAGACCUAUUAAUGACAGCUAUUAUAAGUUGUACAGAGACCCUCACUGCACUCAGCAGAUUUCAUAUAUUGAACUCUCGCAGUCAUUCAUACUUCUUGGAAUCAGGUCUAAUGACACUUUCUUUGUUCACAAGGAUACUAUCCCUCCCUACUGA